UACUCACGCCCGAUUCGUUUCUUCUCAAUCUCCGAUUCUCUCUCUCAAACUCCCUCCCCAAAUGGCGAUCACCCUCUUAUAACCCUCCAACAUUCAAAGAUCCCCCAUUACAAAAGUCCCAAACUUCAACCUGAAAAACAUCCACAAAAAUGGAAACUGAGCUCAAGAACCUCAAUCAUAAUAAUUCAAAUCAAUAUAAUCAAGAACAAAUCGACAAUGGCAAAAAACCACUCCUCAAAUCCGACUCACAAUCAUCUGACCAAGAAACCACCCAAAAGCAGCUAACGGCGGCGGAGCUGGAGGAGAUGGAGAAGAAGUUCGCCGCCUAUGUUCGUCACGACAUAUACGGACCAAUGGGUUGUGGGGAGGUUCCGGUGAAGGAGAAGGUUUUGCUCGGUGCCGCGAUGCUUACGCUACUGCCUCUCCGGGUUUUGGUUGGGAUGAGUAUACUGGUGUUAUACUACUUGAUUUGUAAGAUUUGUACUCUUUUUUCGACGCCGUAUAGGCCCGGGGAAGGGGAGGAUCAGCAGCUUCAGGGUUACGGUCACCUUGUUGGGUGGAGGAGAGAGAUUAUUGUUCGAUGUGGAAGGUUUUUGUCUAGGGCUUUAUUGUUUACCCUAGGGUUUUAUUGGAUUUCUCAGACUUCCAGGAUUUAUGAUCAUGAGAAAUUGAUUGAUCAGAGUGAUAGCAGAGAUCAAUUAGAAAAAUCUGAAAGGCCUGGAGUAAUCAUAUCAAACCACGCCUCCUAUCUGGAUAUCUUAUACCACAUGUCGUUUUCAUUUUCAAGCUUUGUUGCCAAGAGAUCAGUUGGCAAGCUUCCUCUUGUUGGCCUCAUGAGCAAGUGCCUUGGUUGUGUCUAUGUGCAGCGGGAAGAUAAAUCAUCUGACUUUAAAGGUGUUUCAGGAGUCGUUACAGAAAGAAUCAAAGAAGCACAUGAAAAUAGUGAUGCUCCAUUGAUGUUGAUAUUUCCAGAAGGGACAACUACAAAUGGAAAUUUCCUUCUUCCAUUUAAAACCGGUGCUUUCAUAGCAGGAGCUCCUGUUCUUCCUGUCAUCCUAAGAUACCCGUAUCGAAGAUUUAGUCCUGCCUGGGAUUCGAUAUCUGGAGUAAGGCAUGUAAUUUUGCUCCUGUGUCAAUAUGUGAACUAUAUGGAGGUGAUGAGGUUGCCUGUAUACUACCCCUCGAAAGAAGAGAAAGAUGAUCCCAAAUUAUAUGCGAGUAACAUACGGAAGUUAAUGGCUGAUGAGGGUAAUUUGAUACUAUCAGAUAUUGGAUUGCCUGAGAAACGGAUAUAUCAUGCAGCCCUCAAUGGUUUUUUAUGUGAAAGAUAAUUUGGCUUCGCUUCUGUAUGUUGAUUGUCUUGUGUUUGUUUAAAGAAGUUAUAGGGGGAAAAGAGGAAAAUAUACACAUUAACUUGUAGUGCAUUCACAAUUGUCCUCUAAAAGAGUGGUGAAUUAUGGGGUUUUGAUGAUACUGUUGCCAAUUUGGGUAAACGCAAGCGCUCGUAGCCACAAUUCUCCCAUCACCAGGAUGUAUGAAGUGAAAAAGGCCCAUGUCUUGCAUUGUAGUGGGGGUUGUUUUGGUUUGAUAUUUUUUUACCCUGAGCAUCAAGGAGGUUAUCUUAUAAGUGGAAAAGAACAGCAAUGUUGGAGUAGUUUUUAACAAAAUAGCAAAAGAUUAAUGCAUUAAGUUUACAGGAACCUUGCCACUGACUCAUGGUAUAGGUUAUUGAGGGCAUUAAACAGUUUCGAUAUGGUUUACUGGGGGUACGGGAUGUGCUUUCCCAUACUUGUAUCUUGUAUUAACAUUUAUACUUGACUCUUGAACAUUAUUAAUCAUACUGGCAUUAACCAUUCUAAGUGUAUAUUGCUUAACACCAAAA